GAGACACCUUUGGGUGGCUCACAGAUCCCAUCAGGCGCCUCUAAAGAGCAGCACUUCAGGUCUGACAGUGCACCAGCGAGCAACACAGCCGUGAUCCGGACAGAUCUUGAGUUCACAUCGACCUUCACCGCAUCAGCAUCACCAUGAGCGAAUCAGCAGAAGCCCUGGCUGCCAACCAGACCAGCCGAAGAAAUAUCACUAUCGAGAUCACCAACGUCACCGGCAAGUACUGCCUCAUCGACCCCAAGGUUUAUCUGGAGAGCGGCGACAUCCACAGUCCUCCUCAGCCCACCGUCCGCCCACAGAGGACCGAAGUGUGCAACUUUGACAAGAUCAAGGGCAAAGCUGAGGGAGCGGUGGGCAUCCUGACCUACGACCUCUUCGAGCGGCACAGCAACGGCGCUCAGGAGAUACUGGCCAUAAUGUUCUCCGUGCCCCACAACUACAACGUGUACAAGAACUGGUUGGCUAUGGGCGUCUACCCCAAGGGCACCGAGUGCGAUGAGAAGCUGUACAAGCAGAUGUAUAACGACGAAAGUAAUGGAACCAAUUUUGUGCGGCGGGAGUCCGAUGGCAGCGAUCUCACCUUUGAGGGAGUCAACGUGGACGUCAAGGCCACCAUGUCUCCCCUGGGCAAGAGCAUGAUGAAGGUGGAGGUGUGGGAAAAGCUCUUCAGUCCCGGGUUGCGUCAGCAGUACUGAGCUGUUGGUCAAUCCAGAUAACCCUGCUUCACACACUGGUGUGUAGUAAACCUGCUACUGUAUCACCUGUUCAUGCAAUAAAUCUGAUACGACGCAA